AUGGCGGCCACGGCGACGGCUGUGGUGGCGGAGGAGGACACAGAGCUGCGGGACCUCCUGGUGCAGACGCUUGAGAAUAGCGGGGUUCUCAACCGGAUCAAGGCUGAACUCCGAGCAGCUGUGUUUUUAGCACUAGAGGAGCAAGAGAAAGCGGAGUUUCAAGGUCUUGAAGGUCGAGAGAAUUUAGCCCGAGAUUUAGGUAUUAUUGAAGCAGAAGGUACUGUGGGAGGACCCUUGUUACUAGAAGUGAUCAGAUGCUGUCAACAGAGGAAAAAGGGGCCAGCCAGCGGGGAAGGGGCACUGGAUCUGUCUGAUGGACAUUCUCCGCCGAAAUCGCCAGAAGGAAAAACAGGCUCAGGUCCAAGUAAGAUACCAAGGUAUAAAGGACAAGGUAGAAAGAAGAGAAGCGGGGAGCAGUCUGGUGAAAAGAAGUCCAGUGAGACCAGUCACAGUGACACAAGUGUCUCAUCGUCAGAACCAAAGAGCAAAAGCAGUCGCCACUCACUGGCCCAUGAAACCAAGAUCGGAUCUUUCUUGAGCAACAAGUCUUCAGAUGUCAGAGACAAAGCUGGGGCUAGCCCAGAGGAGGAGGAUUUGGGAGGAGAUUCCUUUUUUGAUGAUCCCAUUCCUAAGCCAGAGAACACUUACAGCUGGAGAAGUGAACCCAGCAAGCAGGGGGCCGGCCUGGCGCCACUCUUGGAUGCACCGCCUUUGAAGAGUGGUCUCAGCUCCCUGGCGGGAGCCCCAUCCUUAAACAACUCGGAAAGUAAGUGCCCUCCCAGCUCCGAGCUUGACGACCUCACGCAGGAUCUCACUGUCUCCCAGCUCAGCGACGUGGCGGAUUAUCUGGAAGACGUGGCCUAG